CCAGGUUCCAACUUUCGCAGCAGCCAGCGUCACCUUCAGCCAACUGCAGCGACAGUUGACGCCAUGAAGCUCGAUGCGACAGAUUUGCGCUACAUCACGCCAGACGAGUUCCGGAUCCUCAAGGGCAUUGAGCAAGGGUCUCGAGCACACCACGUCGUACCCUCGACAUCGAUUCCUCAUCUGUCUGGCCUCCACCACUCUGGACUCAAUCGCCUUCUCUCAUCGCUGGCUAAGCGAAAUCUCAUCGCCAGAGAACAAAAUGUCAAAUAUGACGGCUAUCGUCUCACUUAUGGAGGCUACGACUUCCUUGCUGUGCGAGCAAUGAAGGAGAAGAAUCACGUUCAGGCCGUAGGCCAUCGCAUUGGCGUAGGCAAGGAGUCAGACAUCUGCUUGGUCUCAUCUCCCGAGCCUGAGCCGGAGAACCGCAUUCUCAAGAUCCACCGUCUCGGCCGCAUAUCCUUCCGAGCAGUCAAGUCGAAACGCGACUACACUCGCAGGGAAGCCCAGCGUCAGAACUUCUCCUGGAUGUAUCUCUCUCGCCUCGCUGCAGCCAAGGAGUAUCAGUUCAUGCAGGCCCUUCACGAGGCUGGCUUCCCCGUUCCAGUCCCCAUCGCUCAGAGUCGCCACACGGUGCUCAUGAGCUUGAUCGAUGCGUACCCGCUGAGGCAGAUUGCAAUGCUGCCCAAGGACCAAAUUCCUUUGCUUUAUGCGGCGCUCAUGGCGCUCAUCGUUAGGCUGGCAAAGGCCGGCUUGAUCCAUGGAGAUUUCAAUGAAUUCAACCUGCUCAUUCGGGAGCUGAGAGAGGAGUCGGAUGAAGAAGAUGGGCACGGUGGCGGGAGGGACUACACUCCGAAGGCUACUUCGUCAGCGCCUAGAGCAACAGGUGCGGCUGCAGACGAAGUGAGGCGGCCGGACGUAGAUGCGGGAGAGAGGAUAGAGCAGGGAAAGGGCUUCGAGAGGGUGAUUGCGACUGGGGCUCAAAAUCCGCACGAUGACGAGGACGACAAUUCCUCAUCCGACGAAGAGGGGCAAGACUUCGAGCAAGGCGAAGAAGAUCCUACCUCGCGCGUCCAUCUCUCGGACGGCGUCAGCGUCGAACCGAUUCUCAUCGACUUUCCACAAAUGGUCUCCGUCCUUCACCCAAACGCCGAAUACUACUUCGACCGAGACGUAGCUUGCGUCCGUCGCUUCUUCCGCAAACGGUUCCGCUUCGUCAGCGAGGAGUACCCGACGUUCCGAGAGGUCGUAACGAAUGACAAGGAGUGGGAGGAGCAUAGGAGGGUGAGGGAAAAGCGAAGGGCGGCAAUCGCUGACGGUGUGGCCGGGGAACACGAGGACGAGGAAAUGCAGGAGUAUCUCGACCUCGACGUUCUGACGAAGGCGAGUGGGUAUGUCAAGACGGAUAAGCAGCGUGGGCAGUUUGAGGAUCUCGAUCAGUACAUGUCGAGGAUGAGGAUGGAUGACAAGGAGACGGACAAGUUCACCAGCGACAGCAGCAGCGAGAGCGACGACGAUGACGGAGAGGACGGCGAUGAUGUAGAUGAAGUCGCAGCGGAGCGAACAGAGCGGGUCAUCGAAGGAGAGGACGUCGAAGACGCAUCAGAUCAGGAAGACAUCCGGGAUUCGGCGCAGCACGAGGCCAAGGUCGAACACGCUGCUCGCUCGCGUAAAGCCAAGGCGGGCGGCGUGGAGGACGAGGACAUCGCAUCUCAAAUCCAGCAGGAGCGUCGCCGGGCUCAGCGACUCGAAGCAAAGCAUCACGGCAAGAAGGCGGUGGCCGGCAAGGUGGGCAAGAAUCUGAGAAGGGAAGGAGGGGGAAGUAAGAAGAAGAGCGAUAAAGUGCUAGUGAGGGAUGCGAGUACGUUCUAACGUUGACGAUGCAGGUACCUCGCGCAUGUGUAAUACUAUCACUAGACAGCAUUUGCGACGCCACUCAGCAUGAUCAUCAGGCCUGUGAUCAAGAUCGUAGAAGGCUGGAUGAAUUUGAGCAAUACAGAUUGGAUC